UUUGAAGUUUUGCAAGACGACGACAUCCCGUAGCAAAACACAGCAACAAAGAAGAGUUGCAUUAGAAGACGAACCCACACGAAGCGCAGCACGAAAAGGGAAGGAAACAAGAAUCCGGCUGUCUGCAGUGAAUAUUCCGAAGGUUCCCAAGCGAGAAUUUGGCAGUAUGGCUACUGAUAUUUCUGUUUACAAUUGGAAUGAAGGUGCAGGCAGGAGUAUUGGGCAAAAAACUUUUGUUAGUACUUGCCACUUCCAGCCGAAACGUGUUCCAGUGAAGUAUACUGAAACGAUGAUUGUGCAUUUGAAUUCGCCGAAGAGGCGAUACUUCGAAAGCGUCGCAUACGAGACAAAAAUGGUACCAUCCCACUGGAGCCAAACGAUGUUCGUUGAUUUGCUUCCAGGCCGAGACCGCAUCGUCAGCGAAGUGCAUAUCCCCUGUGAUAUUUACGUUCCUUUGAUUCCUCAAGAGGUAAUCACUCAAAACAUUGCCGAUAAAGUAGAGAGCGUUGACACUACACAAAAAGUAGAUGCGCCAACCGAAAAAACUGAAUGUACUCAGGCAAAAGUACCCACUUCAUCGAAAACUCAAAUUCUCGGUAAAUAUCAUAAAAAUACCUGCGAGGAGUUUUUAAACGAGAUGAGAAAAAUGUACUAAUUUAUACGGUUACUAUGGUUACGACAAAAGCAUAAAAACUUAAUAUUUUUAGAUUAGAUAUUUUACAUUUUAUAGAAAAUUAAGACUAGAGACUGCGACUGAUCUGCUGGACGAGUUAAACACGAGUGAACGCGUAGUGUACUGCGUGUUGUGCUUUUAUACCUGCACAAAGUGGUGGGAGACGGCGUCGAUCGCGAAGGGUGCGUGCAACAAGCGCUCCCCCACUCCAUCUUUUGACCGCAGGUAUAAAAGGGCAGCUCUCAGUGAACAAUGCUCUCAGUCGUGUCUGAGUUGUCCAACAGACUAGUUGCAGAGUUCUGGAGUUCUCUCUUCAUCAGCACUAUUUACGAUUAAUGUCGCAAUAUGUCACUAGUUAAAUAAUAGUAUUUAAUACUUGAAUUUACGUAUAUCUAAUUUUGCUCAGAAUAUUUUUACUAUUUUAUUUAAUUAAAUAAUUUAAAAUAAAUAAACAUUGCCAGAAA